UUUGUAUAGAGUCCAGUCUCACUGUCUGUAUUGAUUUGUAUAGAGUCCAGUCUCACUGUCUGUAUUGAUUUGUAUAGAGUCCAGUCUCACUGUCUGUAUAGAGUCCAGUCUCACUGUCUGUAUUGAUUUGUAUAGAGUCCAGUCUCACUGUCUGUAUAGAGUCCAGUCUCACUGUCUGUAUUGAUUUGUAUAGAGUCCAGUCUCACUGUCUGUAUAGAGUCCAGUCUCACUGUCUGUAUUGAUUUGUAUAGAGUCCAGUCUCACUGUCUGUAUUGAUUUGUAUAGAGUCCAGUCUCACUGUCUGUAUAGAGUCCAGUCUCACUGUCUGUAUUGAUUUGUAUAGAGUCCAGUCUCACUGUCUGUAUUGAUUUGUAUAGAGUCGAGAUCCUACGGAAAUAUGACGACCCUGCGGGCUAAGCAAAGCCGAAUUAGACGAGUCAGCAUCGAGGCAGCUCGGCUUUUUUCAUCCGUGAGGUCGAGAAGUUUUUUGUCGGCGAAAUAGAAACACGACAGCGCCGUACGUUGCCGUGGCUGUGUUUGCAAGUUACCAAACUGUACGUCCGAGUUUAAAAAAACAAAACAAAACAACGAGACCUGUCCCAGGUGAGACGGGGGUCUCUCUCUCUCUCUCUGGAGCUGUGAUGCAGCUGCAAGCUGUCGGGAUCCUGCUGUGUAAGAAAUGCAUCCGAGCAGCCAGGAGGGCAAUCAGUGUGAGCACAGCGUGGAGCAGGUCCAGUGAAAAUUAUUACGAUGUCCUUGGAGUGAAACAGGAGGCUUCCCUGGAUGAGAUCAAACAAGCUUUCUUCAAGCGAUCAAGGAAGCUCCACCCUGACAGCGACCCCUCGAACCCGGGUCUCCACAGCCGGUUCGUGUCCCUGAGCGAGGCGUACCAGGUGCUGAGUAAGGAGUCCUCGCGGAGGCAGUACGACGCCACACUGCGCCUCCGACCAGCGUCGGGAUCGGGGAGCAGAGGGGACCCCUACACCUACCCCUCCCCACACAGCCCGGGGUCCGCCGGCUCUCGGUACUGGGAGCAGUUUGGCCCCGCCCCCUCCGAGGGGUUGGACCCCGCCCUCGCGGACAGGAAGAGGAGGCGGAACCUGCAGCUGGUGGGGUGCUGCGUGCUGGUGAUGCUGGCCAGCCUGGGGGUGCACUACUUCGGAUUCAGGAAGCUGGAGGAAGCUCACAACAGCUUCAUGGAUGAGAAGGACCGUGUGAUCACAGAGAUCUACAAGGAGUCUAAAGAGAGGGCCAGGAUGAACGGGUUGAAGAAACAGCAAGAGAUUCUUCGUCAGAAACACGCCGAGUUCGUGGAGAAAUACAGAAACCGCAGCGACAAAUAAACUGCUAAAAGCCUUCAACAAAAUACAAUACCUUCAACAAAUUCAAACCACGCUGGAAAUAAUAAUAAUAAUAAUAAUAAUAAUGCUAGAUUCUAUGGCCCGCAUGCUGUGCGUUUUUAAACGGUGUUACUCCUAUGGAAAUGUUAGUGUAGCCUACAGGGUUUUAAUCAUUAAAAUGUUGUAUUUUCAGCAGUCAGUCUUGCCAGUGUCUCGUCAGUACCAAUAUUUCGUCUGUAACUGCAGUUUAACUGGGCAAAAAAAAAGACCUUAUCCAUUAUCGAUUUACCGUUUCGUUAAAUAUAUAAAAAGAUAAGGGGGGGAAAAU